CUUUUUUUCUCCCGCGGAACCAAACUUCAGUCGCAGUUCUUUCCGGGACUAUUUACAACCGGACCAAGUGUGCGGAAAUGUGUGCUUUGCUAACUGAGGUCAACUAGAACUCCGCUGCCCUCACACAGCGUCCUCCCUCACCGGGUCGGUGCAGCGACCCUUUUCGGCCCCUCAGAGGAAAACGGUGACCCAGCUGUCUGUCAGUUCUCGGCCAUGGCGAAGAAGAAGCGCCUCCGUCUCAUCGCAGAGAUGGCUCGGAAGAUCCGAGCGUACCGGGAGCUGAAGUCCCGGCCGAGGGAGUCGCAGAAGUACUCCCUGGACUACGAGACCAUGAGGCGGCCUCUCACCGGGAAGAUGCUGCCCGCGCUGGCCUGGCAGGACGUCCGCCGGGAGAGCCGCCUCUUCUCCCUGCUGGCCGGCAUGCGGAUGUUCGGAGUGGGCCGCAUGUUCACCCGCAAGUCCUGGCUGGAGGAGCACCCAGAGCCCAGCUACUGGCAGGUCACCAGGGUCAAGGUGGACUACACAGCCGAGAACAUGGAUCAUGGCAGAGCAUGGGGAAUCCUCACCUAUAAAGGCAAACAGGAAAGUGAGGUGAAGGAGAUGGAGAAGGUGAUGUACCACGACUGGCGCCUGAUUCCCAGAGACAUGGAGCAGCAGUUCAGGGACUUCCAGCCCCUCCCGGAGCCCCCGGUGCGCUACGUCCCCUACCCACCCCUGCUGCGCGCCAUGCUGCUGGCACAGCGGGGGAGAGCCGGGGGCCGCGCAGCCACAGAGGAGCCGGCCUUGCCUCUGAAGAGGGACGUGGUGUUCAACAAAGACUAUUUCCGCAGACAGGAACAAGAGAGUCAGAGGAAAGAAGGGACGGCGGUGUGAAGCAGAAUGCGUUCGUUAGGGAUUCAUUUGCUGCGUCCUGGACUCAAAUGAGGUUUUCUUUUUAUCUGAUAUACAACUGUGUGUCUGUGUGAUGUGCUAAAUAUUAAAAGUGGGAUCCAAUUGGCUCA